CUCCCUCUCCUUCCGCACUUCACUUGGAAUCCAUGGCGUAGGCCCAGUGAGAUCUAGCUAGAGUUUCCCGCAUCUGCCUCCUCCUCCGCCUCCGCCACCGCCCCCGCCCCCCGCCCCCGCGCCGCCCCGACGCAGGAAGGAAGGAUGGAAGCCCCGGGCUCCCCAUACGCCUCCUCGCCGGAAUCCGCCCCCAAGCGUGCCCCCCGCUCCCCUCCGCAGCAGCAGCCUCCCUCCGAGGAAGGAGAUGACAAGGAGAAACCAACACAUUUGAGGUUUCUGGUGUCUAAUACAGCAGCAGGAUGUAUCAUUGGCAAGGGUGGAUCAACUAUUAAUGACUUUCAGUCCCAGUCUGGGGCUCGUAUUCAGUUAUCACGCAGCCAUGAGUUUUUCCCUGGUACAAAUGACAGAAUCAUCAUGGUUUCUGGACUGUUUGAUGAAGUAAUGAAGGCCAUGGAGUUGAUUCUUGAGAAACUUUUGGCUGAGGGUGAAGAAUUCAAUGAAGCUGAAGCUAGACCUAAAGUUAGACUUGUAGUUCCUAACAGCUCGUGUGGUGGGAUAAUUGGUAAAGGUGGAGCAACAAUAAAGUCAUUUAUUGAAGAAUCACAUGCUGGAAUCAAAAUUUCUCCACAGGAUAACAACUAUGUUGGUUUGCAUGAUAGGCUUGUUACAGUCACAGGAACCUUUGAUAAUCAGAUGAAUGCGAUAGAUUUGAUACUGAAGAAGUUAUCUGAGGAUGUUCACUACCCACCUAAUUUGAGUUCCCCAUUUCCAUAUGCAGGUCUUACUUUCCCAAACUACCCUGGUGUUCCUGUUGGUUAUAUGAUUCCACAGGUGCCAUAUAAUAAUGCUGUGAACUAUGGACCUAAUAAUGGGUACGGAGGAAGGUACCAAAACAACAAGCCCAGUACACCUAUGAGGUCGCCUGCUAGUAAUGAAGCCCAAGAAUCUUUGACCAUUGGUAUAGCUGAUGAACACAUUGGUGCUGUUGUAGGUCGUGCUGGAAGGAACAUAACAGAGAUCAUUCAGGCUAGUGGUGCUCGGAUCAAGAUAUCAGAUAGGGGUGACUUCAUAUCUGGGACAUCUGACAGGAAGGUGACGAUUACUGGAACAUCAGAAGCUAUCCGGACCGCGGAGUCCAUGAUCAUGCAGAGGGUGUCAGCCAGUUCAGAGAGGUGAUGCGCCCCUUUUGAAGGAAGGACGUGGGCCAUUGUCGAGUCCGAGCAGCAUGUUUGAUGCAAGUUAGGAGGAUGUGGGAGCUGCUUUCCUUUUCUUUUUUCCCUUAGCAAGCUCGAGAAGAGAAAAUCAAGUUAUUAUUGUUUGUUGUGUUGCGUCCGACCAAUGGUUUUAUGUUAGUAUAAACUGGUAGCCGAAGAUAAUUAGGUGCAGCGUUUGAAUUGAUUUGGGAAUAGGGCUGAGUUAUAUCCCAUUGAUGCCAUAACAAGGCUGGCGCCGCUCUAUGCUAGUGGCUAGUGCUGCCUGCCCUGUGUCUGUUUGUAGGUUGACAAUUCGAUUCCGUUGCUCAAGGAUAGAAGAAUAUUGAUAGAGAUCCGAGGACUGGUUUGGUUUUGCAGA